ACUGGCGUUGCAUUCAUAGACCGCCUUUCUCGAUCUCUAUUUCUCUCUCUGGGAAACAUCUAAUCGACUCGAGAGCUCUUCUUCUCUUUUUUUAUCUGGUGCGAAAGUGCGAUCUCCUUUCUAACUCUCUCUCUCUCUGCGAGAAUUUUACUGUGAGAUUUCUGGCGGGAAAAUGUCGGGGAAAGGAGCCAAGGGUUUGCUUAUGGGGAAACCUAGCGGUAGCGACAAGGACAAGGACAAGAAGAAACCCAUCACUCGUUCCUCUCGAGCUGGUCUACAGUUCCCUGUAGGUAGGGUGCAUCGACUGUUGAAGACAAGGUCCACAGCUCAUGGAAGAGUUGGAGCAACUGCAGCUGUUUACACAGCAGCCAUAUUGGAGUAUCUGACUGCUGAAGUCUUGGAGCUGGCUGGUAACGCGAGCAAGGACCUGAAAGUGAAACGUAUCUCGCCAAGGCACUUGCAGCUCGCGAUUCGUGGUGAUGAGGAGCUCGAUACCCUCAUCAAGGGGACUAUAGCUGGUGGUGGUGUCAUCCCUCACAUCCACAAGUCUCUCAUCAACAAAUCCGCCAAGGAAUAAUAGAGUUUUUACCGCUUUGCUUCUCUGUUUUCUAAGUGUUUCUGUGAGAGUCUGUGUUUGAUAAGACGCUAGAGAGCUCUUUUAGGGAUUGUUUGUUAUUGUUCUAUCGGCCUGCUUGUGUUAGAGACCCGAGUCGAUUCAUCUUAUCUUUAAGCAUAUGUAUUUGAUGAUUGUCCAAAACCCAUUUCUGACUACCAUUCUAGUUUGGUCGUAUUAAAGUAA